ACAUUCCUCCGCAGGAGUGCUACUGCGGGUGAUGCGUCCGCCGGUGGACAAGGGCGAAACCAAUUUGGGAUUUUCCUCACACCAAUUCGGCGCUAGUCCAGCUGCGCGUGAACGAAAAACCUCGUAUCACAAUGUCUGGGCAUGUCGGCUGCUGCAUUGCUCAAUGCUCUUCGCCCUCUUCCUCUUUACCGCUCAGAAUCGCAUAUUCUUGCCCUACACUUGGCUGGCAGUCCAGUGGCUCGUGGACGUCAUACGUCACGCGCGACAUGGGAGCGCUAGGCCCUAUAAUAGAGGAGGCGGGAGAACGCAGUCUCUGGGCACACACCCCAGAUUGACACUCUACUAUGGCUUUGCAUGCGGCUCGUCUUCGUACUGUUAUGUGCUCGAGUUAACACGAGAGUGCUCUGCGCUGUCAUUGUGUACGAUACGACGACCGAUGAAGAAUUAUGGUUCCUCACUAGGGCUGUGGCCUCUGAUCAGAUGCCGGCUGUCGUGGCCACAAUUUGUUGUUGGUUAUUGCCGUUAUCCGGCCCCUGGACAACCCAUCCAGGAUCCAGGUGGUUAAUUAUCCAAUUGCUUACUACGUUAUGUAUGUAGCUACUCUACUAUGCGAAACUUAUUAACCAGGAAACAUCCCCGUGCUCGACGGUGUCAACCGAGACCCCUGUGAUCAUAAGAACUCGUAU